CAACAAAUGCCGCCUACGAUAAUUAUUUUAUCGCAAUAAUUUGCUUGGUUUCAUGGGAGACUGGGAGUGCCCAAAUUAUUUUUCAGGUCGCCUGCCGAAUAGAGCGGUGCAGACUGCAGACAGUUUGGCGCCUUCUGAUUUUGAUUCAUCAUCUACUCUAGUAUUGCAGUGCUACCGCAUUAUCGGUAAACCGAACAGUAGUCGCAACGGACAAUCAGAAAUGAACCCCACACAAUAUCCUGGCUUUGGAUCUUCAAAUUGGAAUCAAUUCAAUGCGGAUGGUGUACAAGCAAUGCCUCAAGCAGGCUACCAACAUGCGCCAGAUAUAACCGCCGGCACUCCCAGCCGGGUCCGAUUAGAGAAUAUUGGAAAUGGCUCCAGUAGGUCAAAUCAGAAUCAAGCUAUCCAGUACCACCUCAGCUCCAUGCACCACACCAUGAACAGCCAAAGAGGCCCUGCACCUAAUGGCUCGACGAACCCGUUCCCCGCUAAUCAAGGGCAGCAACGGCUGCCUGCCGGAUUCCAUGGGCAGUCGCUGCGUCCUAGUGGGGUCCAACAAAUGUACGGACAGCAGAUCAUGCAUCCCUCCGACAUGCAGAAUGCGUACCCGCAGAACCUGUGGAUUCAACAGGGGCAAGGACCCCAAGGCCCCGCGGCCGAUCCUGUACAGAUCCUGGCACAGCAGCAGCAUCGAAUGCAGCGGCAGAAUGUCGCAGCAGUGGCACACGCUCAGAACUCCAGAAUGAACGCGGGUAACGGCCCCUACGGGGUGAGCGGCCCUUCUAAUCAGCCAGAUUUUGAGUAUGGAUCCGGGUACGGCAUGCAGCUGAUCCAGAAUCCUGCGUUCAUGCAAAUGCCUCUGUUAGCCCCGCUGUGCAGAACGUGCGCAUGAACAGUCCAGGACCGAUUCGUGUGGCCAGUGUUUCAGCGGAAGUCCUUCCUUCCGCUCAUCUGCCCGCCGCUGCUUCCGCGCCUGUCUCCGUACAGCCAGCCUCGCAGUUGCCGCCGCACUGCGGCUACGACUUCGAGUGCCUGUUUUGCCAGGAGUCCCUGCCCACUGCCAGUCCUUUGGUAAUUUCGGAGACCGAAUUUCGCCAACAUACGAGGCAGAGCGCGUACUGUUAUAAAAAGAACCUGGAUCACAUUAAUGAAAUGAUGAGACAAGGAAAUAUGGAAGGGGACAAUCCAGUGGCGAAUGGACAGGUGAAACAGCAGUUGGUGUGUCGGCUCUGCAAAGAUGGAGGGCAGAUUAACCGAUACAAGCUGGCAGAUCUGGAGCUUGUGGCUCAUCAUAUGCAACGCUACCACACCGGCUCCGCUGCAGUGCAAGCCAGUCCUGCUUCCACACCCCCAUCGAAUCCUGCCUCUGUCUUCGUAAAUCAACAGCGUCGGUCGUCAGGGGACCUGGUUACAGUUGGAGAGUACAUGCAAGGAGUGAUCGAGCACCAGGUGCCGGGAGCACAUGUUCCACGGACUUCCAGUCCUCGUGUGUACAAUCCUGCCCAAACACAGGCGGGUUACAAUAUGACGCCACAGAGUACUCACGCACAGCAGAUAGCACGAGCGCAGCAUGUGCUUGCGCAGCAGCCGCUACAGCAACGGCGUAGCGGUCCGCAGCCCAACUCGUCUAUGCCUGCUGGGCGGCCGGUACUUGGGGAACGCCGGAGUCAGGAUAGCCCUGUCACUCAGCACUAUGUCCAGGACCAACCAGUGCAGAACCGUGAGAUCGUCAUGGGAAUGGGGAACUCCCCUGUUGAGGGUCGUAGUGGUACGCCGGGGGGUCGGAAUACUGCUAGUAUAUCUGGUAUUGCUGCGCUGCUUGCGCAGCGAGGUGUCGGUCAUGGCGAAGUUGCGAGUGUGCCGGAACAGGACCCUGAAGUGAUCGCAGCACAGCCACCAGUUGCGUUUCCAGCGGCUUCCCCAGCUAAAGGACCUGCCCAAGCCGCCGAACAGGCACCAGUUGAUGCUGCUCCUGGGGUCGUGGAACAGGCGCUGGCACCAAACUCUGUCCAAGUUGUCGCCGAUGUCAGCCCACCACCAGCUUAUCACGCAGCCGUAGCUGCUGUCCAUAUGGAGGGAGUGCGUGUGACAAACCGAGCUUCUGGUGCAUCGGUUCUGGCACCAGACUCAUCUACGUCACCCGAUGGCGAACCAGCACAGAACAUCACAUCUACAAAAACCGGCUCACAUUUGUCUAAAAGGAAAACCCGAGCUCCACUGAAGCGAACUGAGCGUGCUGGAUCGGUGGAAAUAAUCGAAUCAGUGAGAGCUGGUGGAGAUGAUUUGGCAGACCUUUCGUGUGAUUCGGAUGGAAAUCCAGUUGUAAGUGAAGAUGAGCCGAUGCCGGAACCCGUUAAGCCCUGUGAAGUCAAAAUGGAACCUCAACCUGCCGCGCAGCACCACGAUGAAUUUUUCUUCCCGGAUAUCAGUCGAAGUGCACAUGCAGUGCUUGGGGAAGCGCUGUCAGUGGAAACUUCUAUCCCUGCAGUCACCGAGCAGCGUUGUUCUAGCAUUGAUUCUACUAAAGAAAAUGCUAUGGUAGAUGGUCUUUCCGUUGUUACUACUGCGGGACGCCUACCACUACGCGAAACGGCGAAGAACGCGGUUAGGCAAAAAAUUAUCACACGACGUUGGAUCUGUAAGUGUGGAGAUUCGAUGGAAUCACGGGAUGAAUUCAAGCGACAUUAUGCUAAGCACCAAAAGGUUCUGCCGCGCUCUCGAUCCGGCGUGCGCUACCUUUGCCCGCGGGAACUGUGCAAUUAUUUGGCCGAAGAUGCAGAUGAUUUUGCGACACAUGUCGCUCGCCAUAUCCUUCUGCAGCACUAUUAUCGCAUGGAGAAAAUUAAACGGGAAGCAGCCGAACAACUCCCUUCGUCCAAAAAGAAGUGAACAGCGAUUAUGACGAGGAAAGAAGUUUGCAAAAAAUGGAUGAUUUUCUGUUUGAAUAAGCAAAUCUUUGUUAAUAAGCAGGUCUACGUGGCGCAUACAUUGUUUGGUAUUUCUAACUUCUAAAAGCUUGUUGCUUACGGAUUAUAAUCGUUGGUAAAUUUUCAUUUUAAAGAAUUCAUGGGACUUUUUUCUGUAUUAUCUGUGGUACCACAUCAUACCGCUUUUUUCAUGUUUUUCUGUUUUCACAGCCCUUUGAUUCCGCUUUUAAGUCAUGAACAAGACUAAAGAUCCGU